AUGGCCUUGUUCGGGGAAGCGGAGACCCACCGAAACACAGAGAGGGAAGCUGGAAGGAUUCCAUGGACUUUCACGCGGCAGAACUGGGACUCUCAGGCUUAUGUCCCUUCCCUUUCCCGCCUCCCCCCGCCCCUUUUUGUUUUUCACAGUGGACGCAGGCUGCUCACGGAACCAGAAAUUCAAACCGCUGUCUCUGAAUUCCUCCUCCUGGGACUCUCAGAAAAGCCGGAGAAUCACACCCCCCUCUUUGGGCUGUUCCUCUCCAUGUACCUGGUCACCAUGUUGGGGAACCUGCUCAUCAUCCUGGCCGUCAGCUCAGACUCCCACCUCCACAUGCCCAUGUACUUCUUCUUCUCCAACCUGUUCCUCGUUGAUGCCUUUUUCUCGUCCACCACAGUCCCCAAGAUGCUGGCAAACCUCUGGUCCCAGAGCCGAGCCACCCCCUUUGCCGGCUGCCUUGCCCAGAUGCAUGCCUUCCACCUGUUUGGGACCAUGGACAGCUUCCUCCUGGCCGUGAUGGCCAUUGACCAGUUUGUGCCCAUCGUCUGCCCUCUGCGCUGCUCCGUCAUCAUGAGCCCCCGCAUCUGUGGGCUGCUGGUGGGUGGGCCAUGGCUGAUCACUAACCUCCAGUCCCUCGUACACACCUGUCUCAUGGCUCAACUGACCUUCUGCGCAGGCUCCGAAAUCCCCCACUUCUUCUGCGACCUCAUGCCCCUGCUGAAGCUCUCCUGCUCGGACACUCACACCAGCGAGCUGGCGAUCUUUGUUUUCAGCCUCCUCAUGGGCAUCAGCCCGCUCUCAUGCAACCCCCUCUCUUACACCUGCAUCUGCCGGGCGGUGUUCAAGAUCCCUUCAGCUCAGGGCAAGUGGAAAGCCUUCUCCACUUGUGGCUCCCACCUCACGGUGGUGUCACUCUUCUAUGGCACCAUCUUCGCCAUGUACUCGCAGCCCGCAUCUCUCACCUCCUCCCAGAGGGACAGGAAGGCAGCCCUGAGGAAGCUCCUCAGCAGACCCACCCCCUUUCAGCCCUAG